UCUCGCGUUCUGAGGAGAGCAAAAGCAACACGGAGCUCCAGAUCUGGCUAAUUUCAGCGAAUAACCGCUUUUAUUCGGUUGUAUUCUGAUUAACAGCUCCGGCCUCAUCAUGUCGGGCGGUCCGGCUGUCAGGAUCAGCAUCGAGUCGUCCUGUGAGAAGCAGGUGCAGGAAGUGGACUUCCAUGGCACGGAGACGUACGUCCCUCCUCUGUCCAUGUCCCAGAACCUGACCAAGCUGGCACAGAGGAUCGACUUCAGCCAGGGCUCUGACUCCGAGGAGGACGGGGCCGACGGGGAGCCCAGGGACAGGGAGUGGGGCAAGCAGGAGACGGAGGAAGAGGAAGGCACGGUGAAGUUCCAGCCGUCUCUUUGGCCCUGGGAUUCUGUGCGCAACAAUCUGCGCAGCGCCCUGACGGAGAUGUGUGUGCUCCACGACGUGCUCAGCGUGGUGAAGGAGAAGAAGUACAUGGCUCUGGAUCCGGUGUCUCAGGAUCCGAGCGUCGGAAAAACGCCGCAGGUUUUCCAGCUGAUCAGCAAAAAGAAAUCUCUGGCCACGGCGGCGCAGCUCCUCCUGAAAGGAGCCGAGAAGCUCAGCAAGUCCGUGGCCGAGAACCAGGAGAACCGGCGGCAGCGCGACUUCAACGCCGAGCUGCUGCGACUCCGAUCGCAGUGGAAACUGCGAAAAGUCGGAGACAAGAUCCUGGGAGACCUCAGCUACCGGAGCGCAGGUUCCCUCUUUCCUCACCCCGGAACGUUUGAGGUGAUCAAAAACACCGACAUCGAUCUGGACAAAAAGAUCCCAGAGGACUACUGUCCGCUGGACGUCCAGAUCCCCAGCGACCUGGAGGGAUCGGCUUACAUCAAGGUCUCCAUUCAGAAACAGGCUCCGGACAUCGGUGACCUGGGAACCGUCAACCUCUUCAGGAGACCUCAGAAAAGCAAAGCAGGAACGCAGCCGUGGCACGUGAAGCUGGAGGCGGCGCAGAACGUCCUGCUCUGCAAGGAAAUCUUUGCGCAGCUUUCCAGAGAAGCGGUCCAGAUCAAAGCGCAGAUCCCGCACAUCGUGGUGAAGAACCAGAUCAUCUCGCAGCCGUUCCCAGGUUUGCAGCUUUCCAUCUCUCUGUGCCACUCCGCCGGGGAGAAGAAGAGCAGCCGGGCGUCUCCGGAGAAACCCAAACCGGACGACCACCUUUACGUCCUGGAGCACAAUCUGCACCAGAUGAUGAGAGAGUUCCACAAGCAGCAGCUGAGCUCGGUGGUGAUGCCGCAUCCGGCCAGCGCGCCGUUCGGCCACAAGCGUCUGCGGCUGGCGGGGCCGAUGGCGUACGACAAGGCCGAGAUCGCCAGCCUGCAGCAGAGCGAGGGGCUGCUGGAGAAGAUCAUCAAACAGGCCAAACACAUCUUCCUGCGCAGCAGGACGGCUCGGACCAUCGACAGCCUGGCCAGCCGCAUCGAGGACCCUCAGAUCCAGGCCCACUGGUCCAACAUCAACGACGUUUAUGAGUCCAGCGUCAAGGUGCUCAUCACGUCGCACGGCUACGAGCAAAUCUGCAAGUCCAUCCAGCUGCAGCUGAACAUCGGCGUGGAGCAGAUCCGCGUGGUGCACCGGGACGGCCGGGUCGUCACGCUGUCGCACCAGGAGCAGGAGCUGCAGGACUUCCUCCUCUCUCAGAUGUCGCAGCACCAGGUGCACGCCGUGCAGCAGCUGGCCAAGGUGAUGGGCUGGCACGUCCUGAGCUUCAGCAACCACGUGGGGCUGGGCCCCGUGGAGAGCAUCGGGAACGCCUCCGCCAUCACCGUCACUUCCCCCAACGGAGAAUACGCCAUCUCAGUGCGCAACGGCCCAGAGAGCGGCUGCAAGGUUCUGGUCCAGUUCCCGCGCAGCCAGAUCAAAGAGCUGCCAAAGAGCGACGUGGUGCAGGACGCCAAGUGGAGCCAGCUGCGCGGGCCGCACAAGGAGGUCAACUGGAGCAAGAUGGAGGGACGCAACUUCGUCUACAAGAUGGAGCUCCUCAUGGCGGCGCUCACUCCCUGUCCUUAGGCCGAGCCGACGGUUUUCCUUCCACUCAACCUUCUCGCUCAGCUCCAUCAGAUUUAUGUUGGAUUUGAAUGAAAAGCAAAUACUUUUGUUUGCUGCUGUUUUUGAAACAACAAACCUGCAGGAAGAUCUGAUGUUCAAACACAAACCACAAAAAAAACAAUCAUUUUUCUACA